AGCCCGGGCCCAACCGAGGGUCCAAUCGUGGGCCAGCUCCAGGGGGAACGAAGUCGAGGGUCGAGGAGCGGGAGGGCGUGCGAGUGCGGAUCACACGGUGGCCGGCGGCGUCGGGGUGCGCGGCCGGUGCGGGCGGCCGAUGACACUGGCCGUCGGCAGGAGCGAGGGAAGCCCGUUGCGCGCCGCCGGAGCGCAGGAAGCUGACAGACAGUUACAAAAGGUGUCGGAGCGCGAAGCCCCGAAAGCAACGGCAUGAGCGCCAUCGGCAGGCUAAGGAUGUCCUCGAAGAGGAAGUCGCCACCAACAAAGUUAUCGGAGGGUGGGGGCGGUCAACAGGGAACAGUGGCGGGCAACGAGGAGGAAGAAGACACGAGUUCGUCCUUGGCUGGUCCUGGCGGUGAGCUACCUACCAGUGCUAGUAACUGCAACAUUAUCGCAGAUGAGCCCGACAUAGAUGAGGAACAGCAACAACAACAAGAGCAACAGCUUGGUUCCUAUCAUUUACCCGGCGAGUCAUCUGGAUGUUCGUCACCAGCCACGAGUGAGCCGGAAAUUUGUUCGUCGCCUUCCCCAUACGGGCCUACGGACGCCAAGCGACCCAAACUCCAACUACUUUUAGGCGCCGUGGCCGCGGUCGCUGCUACAGUCGGACCCGAGAAUAAUAAUAUUACGACUGGAUACCACCACCCUCAUCACCAUCACCACCACCCACAUCAUCAUCAUCACCGGACGAACUCUUCACCAGCCUCGAGUCAACUUCAUGAACCCGCUAGUUCAUCCGAGUGCGGUUCGCCGCCCGCUCUGCCAUCCGAUCACCCUUACUAUCCACACCAUCAACAUCAUCCUCAUCACCAUAACAAUAACAACAACACUGCCACUCAAAAUAAUAAUAAUAAUAACAACAACGGCACUGGACCGACCACCGCUGCCGGUAAGAGAUCCAUGGACGACGUUCUCAAAAGGCUUACCUGCAAAAAGAGUAGAGUGUCUCUGUCGCUCGAAGACGCAAAUAGUAGGCGGACACCACCACCUUCCACCACACCAACCAGCCACAAUACGCACAGUAGCAGCAGUAGCUUAGCGAACAGCGUAGCGCCCUCGCCAACUGGCACGAGCCGAACACAGAACGCGGACACGGGCCAACAGGAGUCCGACGGAGCCGCGGUGGCCCUCCACAGGGCAUUGUGUGCCGAGAGCUUUGCUGAAAAGGAACGCAGACUGUCCGAGAUGAUCCUUCAGCUGCAAAUGCUUAGGGAGCAGUUGCUGCAACAGCAACAGGACCCUUCCAAGCCGUAUCCCACACAUAUAGGUGUUGACUCACAAAAACAGAUUGAUAUGCAACGAUUGCAAUCGGAGCACCUAAAGCGUUUACAAGAGCACAUAAUGCAGCAUAAUAUUCAGGAGCUACAAGCACAACUCACGAAGGGCCAGUUGGGAAUGGCUGGACCUCAGUCUCUUAUGUUCUUACCGUUUCUCGAACAGUUAAGGGGUUUGCCAAUUCCGACGCCCAUGCCACCGCCCACUUCUACUACUACCACCGGCAGCAAGCACAUCAAUUCUAUCGCAAACAUGAUAAGUAGUCAUCGAGAGGGUCCGAGCUGGGCGACGGCUCAUCUUGCUCAGAUGUCGACACAACUGGAUAAAGAACGAUCUCCGACGCCCAUAUCGACAGCGGCAACGCCAGCAGCGCCACCCCCGCCAAUGCCCCCUGAUCCGGAUGCACCCCUCAAUCUGACCAAACCUAAAUCCUCAGGUGCAAUUGCAAAUUCAUCUCCAAGUAGCGAUUCCGCGGUGCUUGCAGGCAGUGGUCAACAUCAGGAGCAGCCACUAGCAGCGACAGCACCAAAGCUCUUUCCUCCUGGGAUGGCAAUGCCUAGGAAUUAUCUACCAAGUCUACCCUAUGCUGGAUUGCCACCGCACCUCAGCUCUCUCUCUACACCCACCUGUGAAACUAUAGUGAGCAAGAUGGCAAAGGAAGAGAACAGCAGCUCUGUUAGGGACGGCAGCGGGGGAGGUACGCAAACUGGUUCAGUAGCUGCUGCAGCUGUGGCCGCUGUCGAGAAACACUUUGUGAUGCACGGAAUCUACGGUUUGCCACCACCAAAUACUGGAGCGAUGCCGCCUUCGCCCCAACAACAGAGGCAAAUGAAACACUCAUCAGCACGGGACGAGUCCGCACCAGACGAGCAGGACUUCCUCUCGUCGCCACACAUGUGGCGUGAUUCAGGCUAUAAAGUUUCAGAAGACAUUGCAGAAAAAGCAAAAAUGGUGAGGCAGCAAAAGAGAGAAGGUGAAAACAAACCACAUAUAAAACGACCGAUGAAUGCUUUCAUGGUGUGGGCUAAAGAUGAACGUAGAAAAAUUUUAAAAGCUUGUCCAGAUAUGCAUAACUCAAACAUAUCUAAAAUUCUCGGUGCCCGAUGGAAAGCGAUGUCGAAUUCAGAGAAGCAGCCUUACUACGAGGAACAAUCGCGGCUCUCUAAGUUACAUAUGGAGAAACAUCCGGACUACAGGUACCGUCCGCGCCCCAAACGAACCUGUAUCGUUGACGGCAAGAAAAUGCGUAUUUCCGAGUAUAAAUCGCUGAUGCGUCAACGGCGACAGGAGAUGCGGCAACUCUGGUGCCGAGAUGGUGGUCCGGAGAUCGGCUUCCUUUCACCCGUUCAAUCCGACAUGAGUGGUCAACAGCAGCAGCACGCGAGCGGUGCAGGGCCUUCGGCUCGACCCUCUGUGUCGCCGCCAACGUCGAUGCUCAAUGGUACUGCUGGUCCCAGCUCCGAUCAUCCCUCAUUCUACUACCCACAGGAUAGUCUUUCGCCUACCGACGUUCUCAACUUUUCACCAGACAACUCGGGCUCCAUGGGCGGCUAUGACGCCGGUAGUCCUCGUCAUCACGCUGACGAAGAUUGAACCGUGGCUCCGGGUCAGCCAGCGAAUAUCUGGCAACCCGGAGCAGCCAGACUCGGAGGACACGAUCUCUUCUGGUAAAGGGAACCGACGCGUAGACGGAUUUUCUUUACCGCUCUACGAUACAAGAAGCUUUAUUAGCUCUGUCUCUGGCUCUAUAUGCUUUCAUAUGCUUAAUUUUU